ACCUCCCUCAUCACUCUCUCUCUCUGCAUCUCUCCUAUCUAUCUCGACCUCCCCCGCAGAGAUUCCUGCCUGCGCGUUCACGUUUCUCGAAACGCGCGGCGGGGGCCGAGGACAGAAGCCUCGCGCAGUUCGGCGGAAAAGAGUCAUUAUUUUUAGCGCCUGGUUCGCGUUUCGCGAGGAGCCGCUUGUCUGUCUCUGCGCCACAGUCUGCGCAGAGCUCGCGCGGAGCACGAGAGGACCCGCCGUGACAGAGCGCGGAGUUGCGGGGGAAGCGCGCGAGGACGAACAUAACGGGCUCCGGACACAGACCAUCUGAAGGGAGGCUUAUCACGUAUCACCGUAUCGUCCGGCUUUGGUCUCGGCCUGUCCGGAGAUGGCUAGCCCCGGUGCCUCUGGAGAUUCACCGAAUGCCCCGCGGGAGCAGGAGCCGCUGGAGCAGCACCAUCCCGAACCAGCCUGUCGGGAGGCUCAGAAAUGGAUAGAGGCUGUAACCGGGAAGAGCUUUGGAGACAAGGACUUCCGCAGUGCGUUGGAGAACGGCAUCCUGUUAUGCGAGCUCCUAAGUGCGAUCAAACCAGGACUCGUCAAGAAGAUCAACAGGCUGCCCACCCCCAUCGCCGGGCUGGAUAACCUGUCAGUCUUUCUGCGUGGCUGCGAGGAGUUGGGCCUGAAGGGCGCCCAGCUGUUUGACCCAGGGGACCUGCAGGACACUUCCAUACGAGCUAACCUCAAGGACUCAGACUGCAACCGCAAACUAAAGAAUGUGCUGAACACAGUGUACUGGUUGGGGAAAGCUGCCAGUGGCUGUGCUUCCUAUAGUGGGCCUACUCUAAACCUCAAGGAGUUCGAGGGGCUUCUUGCUCAGAUGAAGUUGGAGAGCGAGGAAGGAGGGGACAGUUCACAGAAGCGCAGUGUUAGAGACAGCGGUUAUGACUGCUGGGACUCUGAGAGGAGUGAGUCCCUUUCUCCGCCACGGCACACUCGAGACAACUCCCUAGACAGUCUGGAUUCCUUUGGCUCACGCUCGCAGCACAGCCCUUCUCCCGACGUCGUGAAUCGAGGAAACAGCGACGGGCGAGGCAGCGACUCGGAGGCCGAUGCCCCCAACAGGAAGCCAGAUGUGCGGAAGGAUGACAUGUUGGCCAGAAGGACUUCCAGCAAAGAAGCAAGAAGUUCUGUCCCCUUUAACCAGUUUCUUCCUAACCGAACCAACGCCACCUCCUACGUCCCAACUCCACGGCGAAAACCACAUACGGAAGAGAGAGAGCAGCGGAGUCAGCCACAAGCUACUGCAGAUCAAUGCAAAAAAAUUACACUCCUCCACAAAACCUCCAAGACUGUCACUUGGGCACCUGAGAACAAUGGGGAAAAACAGGAAGAGGAAGUGGUCACCCAGGAAGUGUUGGAGCAGAGGAGGAUGCAGAAGCUGGAGAAGGCGGGAAUUAAAGUUCUUCCUGCUGUCGUUCGCUACAGCAGCCCUCCCGAAACGGAGGAAAAGGAACCGAGGUCACCAUCUCCGAACAUCAUCCUCCGCCGUGAUAACGACUUUUUGAGCUCCCAGAAGUCUGCGUGGGAUUCCCCCUCUGACGGGGAAGAGGAAGCAGCAGUGCGUAAAGUUCCAGAUGUCCAGAAGGAUGACUUGGCGUCCAGGCGAGCUCAUCGUGGCACAGUCGCACCCAAAGUGCACCAGUUCAUCCCUCCUCCAUUAUGUACCGAUAAAGACAGAGAGCGCUGGGAGGGCAUCAGACGAGCCUCGCAGCAAAUGCUUCAGGAGAAGGAGAUCAGUGAGAAGGAGGCGGUUGCUGACAUCAUUACACGCAAAGACAACCCCUUCCUAAACUCUCCCUCUUGCCACGAGGAAGAGGAGGAUGAGGAGGACGAGGGACACGAGGGGAAGGUUAAAGCGAUGCCUAAUAAGCAGAAGGACGACCUGGCUCGUAGACGGGCUCAGAGUAGGCCCCUCCCUCACAGGGACGGCCCGGUCAGCUUUGUGUCUUCCUCCAUGAGCCAGGCAGAUAUGCAGAAGUGGGAGAGACUCAGGAUGAGUGAACCAAGUGAUACUAGCCCAGGCCCCGUGUGUCAGGCCUGCCUGGUGAAAAAUUAUGGAGGUCCCUUCAGCGGAUCAGCAAAGGCUGGACGAGGUCAAGGCAAAGUUGUGACCUUUGGGGGCGUGACUGAGAUCGAGCAGCCAAUAGACACAGUCAUGUCGAGUGAAGGCGAGGAGACGGAGUUACUUAGACGACUCCUUUCCAAGGCAACCGUAGCCAUGCCUACCAUUGGCCUGGGCUCCCAGCUUUCAGAGUGGGAACGCAGCCAGGUAGUUGGAGCUGACCCCAAUCAAACUACCUCUCCCUCUGAUGACCUCCCACCCUGGACCACCAAGGCCACUCCCACUCCCGCUGAGAUCGAUGCCCGCCUGGCUCAAUAUGAGGGGAGAUCAGAGGAAGAGGAGGAGGAGGAAGAAGAAGAGGGGAGAGUCCCAGAUCUUCAGAAAGACGACAUGAUGGCAAGGAGGACGGGAGUUUUCCAUAAACAAAGCGCCUCUACAGUGACUUACAACCGCUUCCUACCUCUGCCUUCCUCCAAACGCUGCACACAGGGAGAGGUAACCACAGACGCUGCUCCGCAGAACAAGAAGAAAGUGCAGGCAGACAGGAGCAAGAAACUGGACGUCAGAGUGGAGCACCAGCAGCCCAUGGAAGCACCUCAACAGCAGGUUGAGACAACAGUGAUCCGAUCAGCGUCUCAGGGAGAGUGGGAAUACGGUGAUAAUGAGGAUGAGUGUGGUGAAAAUGUGCCUGCGCCUGACCCGGAGAAAGAUGAUAUGAUGGCUCGAAGGACGGGGUCGUUCCAAAAAGCGAGCACAGCUAAAAGAAAUCAGUUCCUGCCUGUUCCUGGAUCAGUGAAGUAUAACAUCAGUCCAGUGUCUGCUAUGAAGCAGCUCCACAGCAGGCCUAAGCUGACAGAAAAGAAGGAGGGUGAAAGCAGUAUUGUUGCUGUGGCAGCAGAGCCACAGGCCCUGCCCUCCAAAGCUCCAACCAGUCCCACGUUUGCAGUGCUGAGAGAAAGGCGUGAGGAAAAGGAGGAAAAGCAAGAAAGCGAAGGUGCGAUGGUCCCUAAUACCUCUGCCACAGUUACUGCUGAACCCCUCUUUUCUCCUUCACUCGUGCCUGCACCCAGUCCUGGUCCUGCACAAGUCUGUAGUGUAAAGUCAGGGCUGGAAAAGCAGAAAGUGGAGGAGAGAGUUGAGGAAAAAGCUGAGGUGGAGGAGAGAAAGAAGGAUGUAAAUGAGAAACCUCGAAAGAAACCCUUCUGGCUGGAGGACGACGAGCUUCCUCCAAUGAUGAUGAGCCGACGUGUUGCUUUUAUGUCUGAGGACACCGAGAGUGUGAGUAUGGGUGACAUGCUUAACGAGGAGGAGGUGGGACACUUACCGUCGCUGAGCCAAUCGCGACAUGAACACAUGCACGAGCAGUACAACAACUUUCUGGAGGAUGAGGACCACUGGCAAGAUGACCUUGCUCGCUGGAAGAAUCGCCGCCGCAGCGCGUCACAGGAUCUAAUCAGAAAGGAGGAGGAGAGGAAGAAAAUAGAAAAGAGGAUGAAGGGGGAGGGACGUGACGGCAAUAAGAGGAAGAGCAUUAAGACUUAUAAAGAGAUCGUGGAGGAGAAGGAGCGCAGAGAAGCAGAUCUGUGUGAAGCCUACAGAAGCGCAGCGACUCCAGAGGAGGCAGCCUUGGUUUUGCAGCGCUAUGCUCUCCGCUUCACCAUCAGUGAUGCAGUACUGGACACCCUAAAACUACCCAGAUCCACCUCCACACCCAAAAACGAACUAAAUGAGCUGGACAAAGAGCAGAAGCCAGAAUCACCUGUUAAUAACGCUGAGAUGUCAGAGGCUCUGCGCCAACCAGAAUCAUCUGUUAAUAAUGCUGAGAUGUCAGAGGCUCUGCGCCAACCAGAAUCACAUGUAGGUACAAAUCAGGAGCACAUGAAACCUGAAGAGAUAGAGACAGACACAUCAGAUCAGCAAGAAAAAUUAGCCACCAGCCCUCUAACACCAAACAGUCCAACCAGUCCUCUGUCCACAGUCACAGACUCACUGAGUGCGUCACCUCAGUCUCUGGAGUUUAAUGAACCCCAGACCCAACUAAUGGAGUCUCCAACUGCGCAACAGGCUGCGAUCACAGGAGAUCCACAGCCUCAGACAAAACACACUUCACCUCAGAGUGCGCAAGGGCAGCCUCACCCCACACAGUCGGCAAACGCUCUCCCCUCCCCACCAUCUGUGUCCUCCAGGCCCAUCCCCCUGCUGGCAGCCAAACCCUACUGCCAGCCUGGGGCCGUCCUCCCUGGGCACAAACCUAUUAAGGACGGGUUGGUACGAGUGAAUGGAGAGGAGACGGAGGAGCUAACUGUUUCCACUCCACCUACCUCCCCUCAGCACUCACCACAGGAGACCAAAGAUGUUUUAUCCAAAGAGGCGGAGAAAGAUGCUCCACCUGUGGAGGCUGUUAAAAGUGCCGAGACUGCAGAGCAGCAGCCUACGGAGACAGAGAAGUCAACGCCGUCUUCAGGCUCUGCCAUCAGCUCCCUGAUCGAAGGUCGAAACUGUAUCAUCACAACAACUAUUGUGACAGAGCUUACGCAGAAGGUUGUGGAGCCGCUUCACACAGACACCCAAAACGACGGAGAGGUUGAGACCACUGGCUUGUUUGAGAAACCAGAGGAUGAAAAAAAUACUCAACCAUCUUCCACACCCAGCAGCAUGGAAGAAUAUUCUCCCACCGUCUCGGAAGGACUUGAGGAGAGCAGUGUGACCAUUGAGACCCCCAUGUUGAACUUGGCUAAACGUGUUAAUCACUGGGUCUGGGACCCCAAUGAGGAGCGUAAGCGCUUGGAAAGGUGGCAACAGGAGCAGGAGCGCCUCUUAAAGGAGCAAUACCAGCGAGAGCAAGAGAAGCUGAUGAAGGAAUGGGAGAAAGCACAGCUCGAGGUGGAAGAGGAGGAGAGGAAGCACAAUGAAGAGGAAAGACGGAUUCUAGAGGAGACCGUCACACCCCUCAAUCCUACCGGCCUGUUAAACCAGGUGUCAGGACAGACGGCGACAACCUCACCUGGUACAGAAAACGACAACACAAAGGGAAAAAAUGUUCCUCUGCAGCACAAUGGCCAAAAAAUCUCUACAGGGAAUGAAGAUCAGCAUGCAUCAAAGCUGCAUUUCUUCCAGGAUUCUGGGGCUGAUGUUGAACCUUCAAAGAAACAGGAAUUGUGGAAAACAGCCUCUCUGGACCGCAAUACUCAGCUGAACCAGGGACAGGUUGUUAAAAGAUCUGGAUCUCAUGAUGGUGUUACAAGUGAACAACAGUCCUCCUCUCCAAAGCCUCAGCCUCCCUCACCCAGCAGGUGUGUUAGUGGAAAGAGACUGUGCACUGGUUGUUCUCAGCCUCUGGGAAAAGGCGCUGCUAUGAUCAUAGAUACGCUGGGACUGUUUUUCCACAUGCACUGUUUCAAGUGUGGACUGUGUGGUGUACAGCUUGGUGACGCCACUGCAGGGACUGACGUACGGAUUCGUAAGGGAAUGCUGAGCUGCCACGAGUGCUACAUUGCAUCUCGGGGCCGAGGUCAGCCCACCACACUAUGAUGACCACUGUUUUGGAGCUGGACCCUCUGUGAUUGGGUGGAGAACUCUUCUAAAACCCUGAAUCACACUGAAACAGUCUUGACGCUACAAGUCAUCAUCUUUUUUCCUCCUUGAAUGCACAACAGCUCACGUGGAUGUUCACAACGAGGAGUCUGAAUCCACGUGGGUCAAAAGUCUCAACUACAUGGACUUGCAGGACUAUCGCUAUACUUGUUAACUGUACACGUGUAUACACUUGUUUUUAGUAUGUGUAGCAUGGAUGUAAUCAAAAAACCAGUUUGUUUAGGCGUUUGCACAUCCAUACAAGACAUUCAAUAGGGAUCUUACUCCAAGAGCUGAACACUACUGUCUGUAACACAUCGGCCUCCCAAAUCUUGACUCAUUAACUCCUGCUUCUGCAUUGAUCAUGUGACUCCACUCUCUUGAGUGUGAUGCAAAAGGGGUUCAGGUUGGAUAACCUGAAGUAGCUUGACCAUUAUAAUGCCUUACUCAUACCUUCUCCUUUAUUUUUGGGUUUUGUGUUUACAGUUUUGCAUGGAUAAAAGUAACAUAUAUAUAUAAGUUUUUGUGAGUAUUGCUCAGAUGGAUAGUGAGUUGUUAUUUUCUUACCUAUCCUUGUGUUUGUCAUACAUCAUUCUGAUGAUUUUGUCUUUGAUUUUCCUCUAUAAGUCAUUUUACAGGAAUGAGAAUGCAUGUUGUUAAGUAAUAAUGCUUGUUCUUUGAAUUUUAAAUAAUUUCCCUUUAGGAUGUUUUAGCCAUUGUUUCUUCUCACAGACUGCACCUGAAUCAGUGCCUUAUGUAAUGAAUGCGAAGGCGAGUGGAGUGUGCAGGAGUAUUUCACACUCAUACAGACCUAAAGGUCUUGGCACAUAGUGUGUGUGUGUGUGUGUGUGUGUGUGUGUGUGUGUGUGUGUGUGUGUGUGAAUGCAGUGUGUGAUUUGACUUAAUGCACAGUUCCAUACCAGCAAAAAAGAAAUGUUAAAUGGAUCAGCCUCUCCUAAUCACCUGCUGUCCUCUUCCAUUGCCUCCAGUGAACUAAACCAAUGACAUAAUGUUACUUGCUGCUUCCCUGUUUUAAUAUCUUCUUAAGGUAAUCCACAGUGUCCUAAAAUCUCUCCUCAUUUGCCUCUGUAUCACAAGCGUUGCCUCCCCAGAGAAUAAUCUGAACUGUCCUAUCCUCUCUUGUCUCGCCUCAAUCUGGAAACCUGACAGCUUCUUCAUCUCUCAGAGGAAUAGAGCACAGUUCAUUGUCUUUUAUAGUAACUGUAUGUUUAUCAAUAAAAUGUUUUAAAUGG